GACACAUUCGACGCACUCGACGCCCUUGACACAUUCGACGCACUCGACGCACUCCAUACACUCAGCACACUUGUCCGAUCGUCUCCCGUUUUCUAUCAAGACGUUUUUUCAAUCAAGCAGUAUCUCGAGGCAGUCGCUGAUAGCAGCCCGUCGAUUCCACCCGCACCCUCGCCAGACGCCGUCGAGAUCGUAUUCGUCGGGCAAUCCAGGCGUCUGUCUCCAGGAUGUUCCUCCGCCUUUGUCUCUGCAGACACAUGGUCGGAGCCGACGUCGAUGCUGGCCGUCGAUGCGGCAGAGCACACGAUCUUUUGCUCUGUCUCGUCGGCCCUCCAAUCGGCCGCUGAUCUAUUUCUCCAGGACCGCCCGCAUCAGGCCUGUUGGGCUGCUGGGGCCACGGCCGCGCAUGCCAUUCGAUAUCAACAACCGCACUGCCAGAGUACCAAGGACACCUCCGCCACUUCCAUUUAGCGGCGGCAACUUUCAGCCGUAUCCGCUCUUCGAGAGGAUCGACCCUGCAACACUGCCGGUAACUGCGGUUGCGGAUGAGCCGUCCUCAUACUUGUCGCUCGGAACGCUUCUGGCUCACCCCCUGCCGGAGAGAUCGAUCGAUCUUCCCGACACUCGCACGCUCGACGCAUGGCUGCAUAGGUGUCUGGAGGAGUGCUCAACUGAGCAGCUUGUCCAUGUCGCUGGGCUGCUCAUGCAAUCGAAGCACAUCCUUGAAUAUCGUGUCAAGGACAAGCAUUUGCUUGGGCUCUUGUUUGAGCGGCUGUAUGAGGCCCAAGGUCAGGGCCUCGGAUCGGAUCGGAUCUACGGCUACGCCAAGUUCCUGCAUGCCCAAAAGUUACCGCUCACCGAGCGCCAGGUCUUCUACUUUCUCCGACUCUGCGAGCGACGCUACGACCACCGCCAGAUCAUCGCCGUUCACUCAAGUUGGGAGCAGAGCCACCCCGAGAGCCAGCUCUUUGUACAGAUUCCCGCCCAGCGCAUUCUGAUGGGUGCCUUUGCAACCCUCGGCCACUUUGAUGCCGGCUACGACUAUCUCUCUCGCUUGCUGGACACGGGCCACGUUAUCGAUCGGUCUGUGUCCGACCGACUUUUUCGCGCCUGCAUCUUCGAGCGCAAUGCCGCCAAGGUUCUGCAACUGUGGCACUGGAUUGCUAUGAAUGCAGUUCCGGUGACGUCCCAGGCCGUUGUGGCGCUGAUGUCUACUCAAGACACUCGGUUGUCUCUCAAGAAUCUCCACGCCCAGGCUGAAGAAGCGUAUUCCAGCGUACCGCCGUGGGCGUGGGUCGAGCGCAACCCAAAGUUCUUCCUCGAGUCGAUCCGUAUGUACACCGCCAAAUCGCGCUUCAAGAAUGCCGAAGCCGUGCUGGAAGAUCUGUGGCGCACCUCGACAGACCGGAGGCUGCUGAUACAAGGCACCGUCAUCCUCAUUAACGCCUACAAUCGCCGAGCGCCAUUGCAGAGCCAGCCGUACAAACUCUUCCGGCGUUUGGCUCGCCUCGAUCACAGUGUGCGCGCCCCCAGGGUCGCCGCUGCGAAUGUCGCCUCUGUGGAUACCGAGGACCUGAGUUCUGUGGCGGCCGAUGAUGCAAGUGUAGGGGCCGCGAACAAUGUCCCCCCCGAUUCGGUCAUCACCGCCGGCCCUUCCGGUGCCGACAAUACCAUCUCCGAUAGCUCGAGCUCUGACGCAUCUAUGCUCGAUGCCUAUGCUGCCAUCUUGCGAUGGUGUCGCUUCAAUAGCAAGACGGGACUUGCCAUGUACCUCUACAACCAGAUGAUCGCCAAGGGGCUCUCGCCGACGCUCGAGAUCUACGCAACGAUGAUGCGGUGCUUUGCCUAUCUGCGCGAUCUUCCGCGAGCCAAGGCUGUGAUCCAGGAAAUCGAUAGUCGCGGCCACAUACCCGAUCGGUUCACAUACUCGAGCAUCUUGGCCGUGUAUGCUCGGAACCGCCAGCUUGAUAAGAUCGGGCACAUUUGCGAUGAGAUGCGCGACCGCGGAGUCAAGUUUGACGCUGAUAUUUACCAUGUGCUGCUGCACGCCUAUGCAAAAUGCGGGCGCUUCAAGACUGUAGAGAGCCUUUAUCAGUCGCUGCUUCAAGACGGAAUCGUGCCGACAGCCACUACAUUCGCCAAUCUCAUUCAGGGCGCUCUGCAUUUCAAGCGCCAGGCCCGUGCGCUCGGAUGGAUCAAUGAGAUGGCCCGGAGCAAUAUCGAGCCGUCCUCGUCGGUCUUGGACGUCAUGAUUGCCGAUCGCCUUGAUAACAACGACUUUGAAAACGCCUUCUCUCUGCUGGAGCUAAUGUUCAAUCUUGACAUUGUCCCCACCCGAACAACGUAUGAAAACUUCUUGACAAAGCUCGGCCGAUACGACAAGCUCAGCCGCAAGCAACUGCAGCAGCAACGGUCGAUCCACUCGGAGCUCAUGUCGCGACUCCCCGAGAACCAAAAGAAAAGCCAAAAAGCGCAGGAGCUGCUGAUGGUGUACCACUGUCGCCAGCAGCAGUACGACCGGGUCUUUGAGGUCUUCAGGGCCUUGGAAGCCAAUGGUCGGCGCAUCGGCUACCACGCAUACAAGGCCAUGAUCAUGAGCAGACACCAGACGGGCGACACGGAUGAAAUGUGCCGCCUUCUCGACCUGAUGGUGCACGACGGAUGGAAGCCCUCCAUCGCCCUCUUCGCCAAGCUGAUCGGCGACCUCUCGAGCGACCCUCGUGACUUUCUUGCGCAAUUUUUCGUCUACCAACGCAUUCGCCAGUGCCAACGCUAUCCCACGCCUCAGAUCUAUCGAAGGAUGCUUGACAGCGCGGCCCGCGAGAAAAACUACAAGGCCCUCUAUCAGAUCUACCACGAUCUGCUUCGGACUCCGCACGGCUUCCACCGCGAAACGGUGGUCUAUUUCUUUGAUGUCGUGGUGCAAUCCAUUAUCCAGCCCAUCAUCAACGGCGAUGGGUUGUACUCUGAGUCGUCCUUCCGGUUCCUACACCGUGUCGUGCGACUCUCGCGCUGCAACCGCAUUCGCUACCGGUGGUACCACGAGCCUCUGCUUCGCCUCUAUGACUUUGCCAUCUCCGAAGAGAACAAGGAUGCCGAGCUUGUCCUGAAGGUCUGGAACCUGUUCAUCAGCAAAAACAAGUACUAUCAGACCCUGUUCCAGCCGCCCUACGGCCACACCGACAUCAAGCUCGACUAUGACUACAUGAUGGAGAUCCUGGGUCUGCAGUUCCGCUCUGGAAGUGCCCUCUCGACGUACUGGGAGUCGGUGAUCCGCGGACGAUAUGUGUCGGUGCUUGGUCCGGUGACGGUGGAUCUGUGGCAUCGGUACUUCAAGCUGCUCAGCUGGCUCGAUAUGUACGACGAACUGCUUGCCAUCGGCACAACGGGGAUCCGCAGCCUAAAGGGCGAGUCACUCGAGGCCCAGAUGCACUUGGUCGAGGAGGUGAACCGGAUCCUCCGCACGCGCGCCAAGCUGGACCAUCGGAACGAGCUGCUCAAGUUUUGGAAUCUGGCAAAGUAGCCAGAGGCCCGGGAAUGCAGCCGAGCCAUAAGGGUCCGUCCAGCGCUUCCGCAUCCACCAAUAUGCAGGGGAUAUGUUCGGCUCGCUUGUAUCAGGCUGACACUGUGUUCUGUAUGAAAGGGGUACACGACACGACCUCUGCUGACUGUCACCGUUUCUGGUUCAUGAAUACAUAUUCUGCCAAAGCCA